AUGUUCAACCUUCCGAACGAACUAGUCGGAGUGGUAAUUAGCUAUAGUAAUAAACCUGUAGCUGCAACCCUAGCCUUACUCAACAGGCGUUAUAAUCGCAUUGCAACCCCAUUUCUAUACGAGAAAGUUACGCUGAAAAAGCGACGACAAGUGCGGGCUUUUCAUUGGGCCCUUGUUCAGCGACCAGCAUUCCACGGUUAUGUCAGAACACUCGAGCUUCUGACCUUGACUAUUGACGUAUUUUAUCCCGAUGCUAAACCAGAGGAAGAUACUAAACAACUACUGAUGAAACUCCCCCAACUUGUCAACCUGGUCUUGAAUGUUGACCAUUACUCGAUGACAUAUCUAUUUAACCAACCCGAAUAUCCAUUCCUCCUCCGCCGGUUUUCUGCAAAUUCAAUCAAAAGCAAAGGAUUUAUCAAAUUUCUGGAAUCACAGAAUCGAAUUGAGUCUAUCUGUCUUAAACCACAUGCCGGUCUGGGCAGGACGCCGGGUGUUCUUCCUGUGCUUGAACCACAUGUUCUCCCUAACCUGAAGCAGAUCGAUGCGGUAGCCACUACGGUCAUGAAUCUGGUUCCCAGUCGCCCCGUGUCUCAAAUAUCAGUGGACCGUAGUUGGGAUCGCUCCUAUGGGAUGUACAACGCUAUCCCGCGCUCGACAGCACCACUGACUUACUUCCGGGAUCAAAUCAAGCUGUCAUGGGGGCCAUGGGGAACUCAGGUGUUGGAAUUGAUUGAAAAACUUGGUCACAAUCCGGAGGAACUGAAAGAACUUGUAAUUCAUAUUGCCGUCAGUGACAAUGGAGACCGUAAUACCCUCGCACAACUUUGGGUAAAUUUUGACCCCACAACUCUGAAGACACUGGCAGAUAUACGGUCCUACUUGACGAAGUUUUGUAACCUUAGCAAGUUCCGACUCGAAGGUCUGAUUGGAGGACAUCCAAACCACCCAGAACUCCAAUUCGGGCUCUGGGAAAAAUCGUGCCCGCUCCUGGAAGAGUUCACGUUGUUCAAUGUGACCGUGAAAAGGGCGUAA